AUGGUGAUUCUCGAGUCUGGGGCAGCUGUUGCUGCCGCUGGCAUGGCACCAGGUACUGCUGCCAAGGUUUAUGGGUACAACCGAGACAACUUCAUGGAAGACCGUGAGCAACGGAUGAAGAAGGAAUUCCAUGAGCGGAAGUACCGAGUCAUCCAGGGUCAGCUUUGGCGCCAGGAUGUUCGGGACUUCAUUUCUCUGACGGAGCAAAAGAUGUCUUUGUACCUGAUUGUUAAUGUUUUGUUACUCAGCUUCACUGUCACUAUGUGGGUAGAGGGCCAACUUCCAGAAACCACUCCGGAUUGGUUGGUCAUUGGCUACCAAAUUGCGUCUGUUGUCGCCUUCUCUUACCUCGUGCUGACCAUUUGGUUGGCAAUGCAUGCUGCUGUUGCAGCCCAGAGCUACCAGACGAGAAUAUUGACUCAACUGGUCAGGCUGCCAAUCCCAACUUGGAAGGAACUUGAGGCUGCACGUACAGCCGCAUCUGAAUUCGAGAAGAUCGAAUCGAGGCAGAUGUUUCGCGUUCCGUUUGUCACUGGCAGUCAAGAGGGCUUCAUUCCAGGACACACCGCAGACCCAGCUACCGGCGUCAGCACCGCUGCCAGCGUGGUAGAAACAACGGGCAACACCGGCGGCACCGAUCAGCAGGUGGAGCGAAACGUGGCCACUGACCCUUGGGGCCUUGAGCAACGAGGAGACAACAUCUACGAGCUCAAUACCUAUAGCGGUGCUGAGGUGGCUGAAUUGCGCCACAUCAAGCUGCUUCGGCAGGCUGCUGUUUACUGGCAGACCUACGAUGCUUUUGCGAGGGUGUCUAUGAGCGUCGGAAUCAAUCAGCUUAUGCUUGGUAUGAGCUACUACAUUUUAGGGUAUGCCAUGUUGGAGGUCAAGGCUCCAUGUGCCGCCUUGGGCGGAGUUCUCCUCUUCAUGGGCUCAUCAGAGCCUACGGCCAUGCAACAACGUCGAAAUACAUUAUCUUCAGAUUGUUCGAGUUGCCUUCGUUUCACUGGCAUCUCGCCGCGCCUGUUUCCUGCCCUGUCGUCUCCUUGGGUCGAGGAGCCUCCGAGCUAUGAGGUGUCCAUUGCGGUGGACGUAGCCUAG